UUCCUUUCGAUCAAAAAGAAAAAUAAGAGAAUAAAAAACCAAACUUAUCAUUUAUGGCUUUAUUACCUGUUCUGCUCAAGUUUCAGUGUUUCGUCUUGUUACUAUGGCUGGAAUUAGCAUUUGCGGAAAUUCCAAGCACCGCUUCCGAAGUAAUAGCAAUACCUGGUUGCCGAGAUCGGUGUGGGAAGGUCAGCAUACCCUACCCAUUCGGUAUCGGUGUGGGUUGUUUCAGAAGUAAAGAGUUCAUAAUAGAAUGCCAAGACAAUUUGCCACGAUAUCAAGGCGUCUUAAAUGUCACAAGUAUAUCCGUGCUCGACGGUCAGAUGACAUUCGAAAGCGGUAUAGCCAGAACUUGUUCCUAUGAAGAUGUGUCUACAAUCAUCUUCGGUUUGGGUAUUUUCACAUUGUCUACUACGAAAAACAAAUUGAUAUCCAUCGGUUGUGACACCUGGGCACGCAUAAAUGGUGAUCCAUAUAUUGGUAAGGGGUGUUCAGACUGUACUGUAAAGGAAGCUGCCACUAAUGGGUCUUGCGGUAUUGGUUGUUGUGAGACUUCCAUCUCAGCUGGAGUGAAGAAAUAUAAUGUGACAAUUGAAAGACAGUCCUCUAAGGUGAAUCCGUAUUUGAGUUUUAAUCCAUGCAUUUAUGGUUUUAUAAUUGAUAAAAGUUCGUUUAGGUUUUCUUCAUCAUAUCUUCAAGAUUUCAAAAAUAAUGGUAGUGGAAGUGUUCCGGUGGUUGCUGAUUGGACUAUUGGUGUUGAGACAUGCGACGCAGCUUCAAGAAACGCAACGAGCUAUGCCUGUGGGCCUAAUACUGUCUGUAAACCAGGAAAUAAUAUUGCUCCAGGUUAUCUCUGUGAUUGUAAACCUGGCUUUGCAGGAAACCCUUAUCUUAACAUUAGCACUGGUGGUCAUUGCCAAGAAAUCUCUAAAUGCAAUGAUAAUUCCAUCUUGGGUUGCAGUCCUCCUCCUCGGAGUAAAGUUGGAAAGAUUAUUGCUGGUACCUACCUAAGCUUAUCUCUUCUACUAGUGACCAGUUUCACACUGGGGGGAUAUUUGAAAAACUAAAUAAAUGAAUGAAAAGGCCAGGGGACAAGAAAAGGCCAUAAUUACCCAAAUGCGGAACUGCACGUUGGCUUCCAUUGCCCCUGGUUGUAGCCUGUAUUCUGUAAUGUAAAGUGAUGUUGGUGUUAAGUGUCAGUAGCAUCUGUGUACGUGUUGAUACACUAUUUAUUUGGGUUUAAAACUUUUUUUUUUCGGACUUUACUGGAUGUCUGUUUUUGUUAUUUUCGAGUUUUAUGAAGUGGGUAACAUAUGGUAUAACUUUGCUUCAAGUUACUUGAUCCAAUACCACUUUUGAUCGUUUCCACGAGUAUGGAGACGUUGUUGUCCCGACAGGGUACC